AGGCGGCGCACGCCAAGCGACGGUCGAGCAGCUUCUUUUAAAGCGAGGCUGCGUCCAGAUGGCAGGGGGCGAGAGAAAGCGGUGCGCGGAGGAGGAUGGAGUGGUGGCACCGGGUGGUGGUGCCGGUGAAGCGAGCGCUCAUCGCACUCGCCGCCCGCAUCCGGCCCCGGAAAGACGGAGGUGGGAUUCUAAAGCUUCACAACGACGUCCAGAGUUGUGGGUAUCGAGACGUCGAGGUGAUGUGGGAGCUACUGCAAAGGUCGGAGGAGCCGGAGCCGGAGCUCUCUCAUUCUUCAAAAAAGAGGCGGCCGGUUGGAAGGGUGUCGGUGUGGUCGGGCCGGACCUAGCCCAAUUGAGCAACUCCGGCGUUGCAGCAUGCACCAAGGGCGCUUGAUCAAGCUGUAAUCACCCUGCAGCUUGGCCAUCUGCAAUAAUUAAGCUCGUAGGACACCCCAUUGUACAGGCCUCCUCAAUUUUGAUAUGUACAAAGUGUUAGCUACCUAGCGUAUAAUAAAUAAUAAUUAAGAUAAAGAGGAGAGGUGCAAGUCACAAGAGCUUCUUAUCAAGAAUACAUAAUUUUGCUUGUUGGACUCCAAAGAGACUUCGUGAUACUCAUUUGUGGCCUUGUAAUAAACUUUUACCUAUGAUCGGAGCCGUCUUCAUGGCUAAUCUAGGAUCUAUUGCUCGUUCUC